UUGAAGAAGAGUUCUUGUUUUGUAUCUCAGUUUCUCUCUUUUUUACACACAAAUUAAAUUUAAACAAACAAAAAUAAGACUGGAUAAUCUAACUAAAUUCAAUCGGGUGUAUUAUUCCAGUUAUGUAAGGGAUUGUAUCGGGGAUUCUUUGCCGAGAUAUUGGGGUGUUUGUAAAUAUUUAUUUAAAUAAUUGUGAGGAGAGAAGGACUACUGCUCAAGUGAGUAGUGCAGGGGAGUUGGAGAGUGAGUGGACACCAGUCUCAUUGCCAGCUGGCUGUAAGAUUUCUGGGACUAAUUUGCUGGCGAACUGGAUUAAUGAUGGAAUUACAAACAUUACAGGAGGCCCUGAAAGUGGAAAUACAAGUCCAUCAGAAACUUGUAGCACAAAUGAAGCAGGACCCACAGAAUGCAGAUCUGAAGAAACAGCUUCAUGAACUUCAGGCCAAGAUCACUGCUCUGAGUGAGAAACAGAAAAAGGUGGUGGAGCAGUUAAGAAAGGAGCUGUUGGUGAAGCAGGAGCCAGAGGUGAAGCAGCAGGCGGUGCAGGGAGCAGCAGAGGGCAAAGCUAUGCUGCUCUCACCCCCCAGCCAACAGCAGACAGCAGGACCGCCUCACCACCAGACCUCUCCACAGAAGACUGUCCCACCGGUCCUGCACACGAAGACUCUACCUCUAGUGCUGAAAGCUGCCACCACCCCCUUGCCAUGCCCCAAUGUCACCAUGGUCACUGCCAAUUGCAAUCCCGCCAGGCCCACCCCGAUCCUAGACUCCCACAGUGCACCAGUCAACCUUCAGGUGGCCAGCAAAUUCACCAACCAAGACACGGAGGCGGCAACGCGGGUCGUGACUAAGAACCUUAUUGUAGUGCAGGCCAGCACCACCUCAACUCAGCCUAUCAAAGUUCCCCAGUUUGUACCUCCUCCUAGACUGACGCCUCGGCCCACCUUUCUGCCACAGGUGCGUACGAAACCCACCGCCCCCAACAACGUGCCUAUCGCACCAGCCCCGCCUCCACCCAUGAUGGCGGCACCGCAGCUGCUCCAGCGGCCCGUCAUGCUCACCACCAAGUUGACGCCAGCGCUGCCCGCCUCGGCUGGGCCCAUUCACCAGUUGCGCAUUGUCAACGGGCAGACUUGCAGUGCUGUGCCCAAAACGGGCUUGGGCACAGUGGGGGCCACCACAGGCCAGGUCACAGGCAUCAUGAUCAGCAGCCCUGUGCAGACACUGCAGAUCAGCAGCCUAAAUCCAGACACCAAGACUGUGAAAUCUCAGGGAGGUUCAGAGCAGGUGACUACGAGCACUCCUUCAUCGCCUCCUCCUCUUCCUCCUGUUCCGAAGGUUAAACGAGAGGAGAAUCCACAGAAACUUGCCUUCAUGGUGUCUCUGGGGUUGGUCACACAUGACCAUCUGGAAGAGAUUCAGAGCAGAAGGCAGGAACGGAAAAGAAGAACGACAGCCAACCCUGUGUACAGCGGAGCGGUGUUCGAGCCAGAGAGAAAAAAGAGUGCCGUCACCUAUCUGAACACUCCCCUCCAUCAAGGAACGAGAAAGAGAGGUCGCCCUCCCAAAUACAGCAGCAGUGCGGCAGGGCCGGAGCUGGGCUGCCACCCCCUGCUCUCCCCAUCCAGCAGUCACCCUGCCUCCCCAGCCGCCGAGCGGCCCGAAAUAGGGGGCUUCCCCCUCCCCGUCCACCCCCACCCUCUCCCCCAGCCCAGCCCUAGCUCCGGGGAUGGAGACAUCCAUGAGGACUUCUGCACUGUGUGCAGACGCAGUGGCCAGUUACUCAUGUGCGACACGUGCUCACGCGUCUACCACCUCGACUGCCUGGACCCACCCCUCAAAAACAUUCCCAAAGGCAUGUGGAUCUGUCCCAAAUGUCAAGACCAGAUACUGAAGAAAGAGGAGGCCAUUCCAUGGCCAGGUACUCUGGCAAUUGUGCAUUCCUACAUUGCAUAUAAGGAAGCAAAAGAGGAAGAGAAGCAGAAGCUAAUGAAGUGGAGUGCUGAGCUCAAGCUGGAGCGAGAGCAACUAGAACAACGAGUCAAGCAGCUCAGCAACUCGAUAACGAAAUGCAUGGAGACCAAGAACAGUAUCCUAGCUCGCCAGAAGGAAAUGCAGGCCUCACUGGACAAAGUGAAGAACCUGGUGCGCCUCAUCCACAGCUUUAACAUGUCUCAGCCAAUGGAGGUGGAGGCAUCCCAUGACGAAAGCACCGAGGACAAGAGCGACGACCCACAGGACACCAUCCUCACACUUGCCAAGCCCUCAGGGCGAGAGCAGAAUCCUGCCCAGCUCGGCGCACAGGUCCUGACUGCAGGUGGCAUGCCAGAAGUGCAGGCUCAGCCAGAUCUGGGGGAGGCGGCUGGGUCGGCCACCACGGUCACUCCAGAGGCUGGCUCAAUGGACGCGGGAUCCGUAGACUCCCUGCAGCAGGCAGCAGGCAGCAGUGAAACAGUGGUGGCGAAGACAGAAGCCACGGAAGUCAAAGCAAAUGGCACCACGGAUUCUCAGAGCCCGGGCGUGAGCCAGAAGGAGGGGCAGAGUCCCGUGAAAUCCACUGACGCUCAAAAUCCAACUCCCAACUCUAGCGAAAGCAGCACCGAAGAGGCAGUCAAGAUGGAGGCUGAGCAGCCAGAGAACACAGACCAUGGCAAUGGCACCAACAACAGCAAAACCUCAGAACCCUCCCAGCAGCUUCUCAAUGACGUGGACAUCUCCAAAUAAUGCCCAUCCUUGUCACAUCAAGUACACCUCUCCGGCUCGCAAACAUUUCAAACAACUUCUACUGCACCCAGCACUGGUGUGCCAAAU